GGCAAAAACGAUCUCCUGUAAACCUCUCUUUUAUGGGCCAACUUUACUUAUUUUACGAUUCUUAUUUUGACACUCCAGGCCGGAAGUGGGUGUGUGAUGACGUGUAUUGUGAAGUCACUUCCAGUCAGUGGCUCCGUCCCCCUCUGGUCUCCCCUCUCUCUCUCUCUCUCUCUCUCUCUCUCUCUGUCUCUGUCUCUGUCUCUCUCUCUCAGGUGAUGGACACUCAGAAGGAAGCUCUUCGCAGGAUCAUCAGCACAUUAACCAAUAAGAACGAAGAACUCCAAAACUUCCUGGAAACAGUUGACAACACACUGACUGGACUGCAGGUGGAGUCAUGUAAGGUGAUGUCAGAGCUGGAGGCGGAACUUGAGCAGCUCCGCUCCGCCCUAGAGGAGAAGGAGGCAGAGCUUUGUGGCAUCAUUAAAGAGGAGAAGCAGAGGAAAGAGGCGGAGCUUCAUAAGCAGCUGUCGGAGGGAAAGUUUGCUCUGCUGUCGUGUGAAGAACUGCUUGAGUUUGCAAAUCAAACGCUGACCAUCACCAACGAAGAAGAAUUCCUAAAGGCUGCAAAACAAAUCAAAGAAAGGGUAACUAUGGCUCCAGCUUUCCGGCUGACGACUCGUCUGGUGGUAUCGGAAAACAUGUCGCAAUUUACAGUUGACUUCAGCGCAGAGAGGGCGGGGCUUCAACGACUUCAGUUCCUGCCAGUUCCCAGAGCACCAGAGAUCGACGUCUCCAGUUAUGUCAUCCGUGACAACUCCAUCACGGUUGCCUGGCGACCAGCUUGUGAGGCUGAUGGUGACGGUGUCAGCGGACGAAUUGAAUUUUACGAACUCGAAUACCGAAAAACAAAUCACGACAGCUCACUGAGAGCCGCAGGAGAAACAUGCUGGGAAAAAACCGAUAUCAGAGAGACAAAAAUCACCAUCUCAGGGCUGAAAUUUGACUCUCGGUUCGUCGUUGUUCGUGUUCGAGCGAGAAACAAAGCAGCCGCUGGCGAGUUCUCUGAACCCGUCGCCAUAGAAACCAGAGCGUUUAAUUUUGGCUUUGAUGCGGCGACGGCUCACGCUGAGCUGAAGGUUCAGGGUGACACGGUGACCUGGGAGCCGCAGGGGGUCAAAGGUCAUGACCCCAGACUGAGAGGGAAAGAGAAUAAAAGCAGCAGCAGAAGCGCCACGCCCUCACCCAAUAAGACAGCAGGAAGUCGAGCAGGACGCGACCGAUUCGCUGGAGAGUCAUACACAGUGCUGGGUGACCAGGAGAUGAGUGGCGGCUGUCACUAUUGGGAGCUCCGCCCCCUGGCUGACUGGAAGUCAUUCAGUGUGGGUGUGGCCUACCGGGCAAGCCUUGGCCGCUUUGACCAAUUAGGGAAGAGCACUGGUUCGUGGUGUCUCCACGCCAGCCAAUGGCUGCAGAGCUCGCUCGCUGCGAAGCACAACAACCGAGCGAAGGUGCUGGAUUGGCCCCUGCCUCAGCGAAUCGGAAUCUACUGCAACUACGACAAUGGUGAUUUAACCUUCAUCGACGUCGACAGACUUCGACUUCUUCACUCCUUCAGAACAAAGUUCAGCCAUCCGCUCGUCCCCGCCUUCACUGUCUGGUGUGGUGGUAUUGCCGUAACGACUGGGCUACAGGUGCCGAGCUUCAUGGGUAAUUUCCUCUCCACCAAUCAGAGCCUCAGCAACCUGUCGCAGUAGAGCAACCUCCUCCAAUUAUCAUUUUUAUUUUAUUAUGUUAUCAUUAUCAUUAAUUUAUUAAUUUAAUUUAAUAUAAUUAUAUAUUAUAUACAGAAAUUAUUUGUGUAUUGUUGUUGUCAUCAAAUAUUAAUUGAAAGGAUAUUAUAUUCAUUAUUCUUGCUGCUCUAUCUGCUCUUAUUUUAAAAGUCUUGACCUGAAGCCAUAGUUUUGUUUGAUUUUGAAGAAGAACAAAUAUGAUCUAUUAGCACUGGCUUUUAUUGACUGAUUUUUUAUAACAGGAAAACAAAUUGUUUCUUUUAUUUUGAAGCUACAGGAAAGAAGAUCUAUGUUUAAGUAUGUGUGAAAGCUUUUAUUAUGAAAGACAUCAUUACAUAUAGGAAUGUGCAUUUCUAAGUUUAUUUUGAACAUUAGAAUGGAACUUCCUGUCAUUUUGACCAAAUUACAGUACUUUAAUUGUUAAGAUGAAUAUCUUUUUGUUUUUUCAGUUGAUGUUGAGAAUCAGGAUACUAUUUAUUUUCAGUUUUUAUUAAAUGUUCAUAUCUGACCUGGAAUCUGAGGUCCUUUAUACUGAAAAUAUAAUAUUUGUAUUAUAUUGUCUGUAAAUGUCACAUCUGUGAAAACAGUAAGAUAAAAUUUAAGACUGUGAAAAUAAACAUUAAACACUUGCAAAAUGUC